AGGAAUACUCACUAUUAUUAAUAAUCCAAAUAAGAUUAAUUUAUUGAUUAAUUCAUUUGAAAUAAUUGUGAUGUCACGAUCACAUGUUUAUUGGUCCAGAUGUUGUAUAUAAAAGAAUGGUCAUUUUUAAUAUUCACAUCUGAGUGGUUAUUGUAAUGCUAGUAUGGGACGUCUGUCAGAACUCCUCCUGAUGCCACAUACUCUAAGCUGUUUUCCAGCAAAGUGAAUCAGAAGGGUUUAGUGUGGUUGAUGGGAUUAGUUUAAGUCAUUAGGAGUAGUUAAUGGUCUUUCCUGGUGUUGGUAAGUAACACUGACUAAUUGACCAGAAGAAGCGGACACCUGACACUAGAGGAUGGCGACAGGUGGCUUCUGCUGAACUGAAGCACCUGCAGUGGUUCCCUGCGUGGAAUGAGCCUCAGGAGCUCGGUAGCAGUAGCAGUUGACUCUUGGACUGUUGGCAAAAGGAGCUGGAUGAGAUUCACCACACAUGGAAUUCACUUCAUCACAGGCUGAACCCUAAUCUGGAACAAGAAGACGUCAGGGAGAGCGUGAACGUCCUGCUGACUGGGUUCUUUUGAACAGGCUGCAUCUGUCUCACCACUGAACGUUCCACUGUGGAGCCAGAGGACCUUCAACUAGUCACUCUCCACAGCAUCCGGCUCCACACAUGCACAGCCAGGCUCAGGCUCAUCAGCAUCCGCUCAUGCCUCAUCACGCCUUCACUCCCAUCCUGCACCAGACCUCCACCCUCCUACCUGCUCCACACGUGAUGGGAGCUCAUGACAGCAACUUCAACGUGCAUCUCAAAAGAGCAGCGUCGAGGUCGUCUUUCUCUCCCGUCACGGCUUUUCAACCAGCUACACAGACGUCCUUCAGCUCACAGAAAGGCCGAUGGGCUGCACUGCACGUGCGCAUCGCAUGGAACAUUUACUACAAUAGGAAAUUAAAGAGUAUACCACAAAAACCAAAUGGCGUCUACGGAUUGCUGACACCAGAGGCUCCGUCUGGAACCGGCCUUGACUCAGAACUAUGGCAGGUGUCGGACCAGCCUUCCAGCACACACCCACAUCCAGAGCUUCCAUGUAGAGAGUCAGGAGUCAGGACUGAAUUGAGGAAAACUGUCCAUCGGGUCAGCAGACGUCAUCCAUCAGACCAUGCGUCUUCGUCGGCUCUUUGUCACAACCUCCCAGCCCACCAGAGGGAGGAGGUGACGCCGCACAGGCAGGAGAAACCUGACGGGAAGGACAAACAUGCAGUUGACCAAGCUGACACGGUGGAGGGCUCCCCUCUAAGAGACAGGGCCUGGGAUCACAACGUGAUCAGACAGGGCGGCUCACUGAACAGGAAGAGGCAGCUCCAGCACGACGCCUUCAUUGAAGCCAAGAGGUUGAAGAAGGAGCCGCUGGAUGACACGUUGGAUUCUUCCAAGACAUUCUAUACGGACCCAUCGUGGUUCAGCAUGAGUCAAAUGCAUCCAGCGGUCGCCACACCCGGGCAUCACAGGAACACGGGCCAUCUGUCUGUCUUCUAUCCUAACAGCAGCACAGCCCUUGGAGGAACUGAUGUCAUUCCUUACCAAGCUGCUCCCAGGGAGCUGCUGUGGAACAGAAGGGAGCACCUCUACUCCAGACAGUCCGUCCUCAAGGAACACUCAGUGAGGCCGGCUGAGGCGUUCACUGGCUUCUUUAUGCCGCCUCUUUAUUUCCUCCCUGCUUUGGGGGUUCAGGAAGCCUCUUACCUCAGUGGGAGGGAGUUUCUACACGCACCAGAGAACUAUCACCCCCAUCCCUACAGGAGUCAGCUCUCUCAUCCCGGCUUCCUGACAACAUCCUGCUGACAAAGCACAGAAGCAGCUUCUUACCGUAACAACUAUUUGCAUGAUGAUGCUAGGAUGUUUCUCUGUGUCAGUUCAAGGGGUCACAGUGAAAGUGUUGUACUGACAGCUGGUUGAUCAAUAACAUUAUGGUGAUAUCUUAUCCCCUCACAGCCGGAAGGACCAGUGUUUGAAGCCCAGAGUAAUCUUUCACUCAACACCUGAAAAAAUGA